AGGAGCACGAGGAUCAUGCAAGUUAGGAGGUACGUUUCAAGUUGUCCUGAAGUUGGAUGGAAAGACGCAGAACAGACUGCUGGAAAGUGUCACCGUACAGACUGUGGGGUUUAAAGAAAAGCGACGGAACAAGUGUUGCAGGAAUUGGGCUGAGACACUAGGGGGCGAUGUCGGGAGGCAGCGGUGCCAACAACAGCUGGACCAUCCUCACUUCCGAGGAGUCUGCUGCUGAAACCCUGCGGCCUCUGACAGAGCACCACGAAGAAAGCAAUACAUCAACAGCAGAGCAUACAGGCAGUGGGGCAGAGAGCCAGCCUGCAGAGGUUGCCAUGUCUGCAGUGAAGGACCACCAGGUAUCGGAAGACAAAACAGCAGAGCAUAGUGGGGACACUAGCAGUGGUCCAUCCGAUCACUCCAUGCUCACACCUGCACCUGCCGGCAACGUCACCUUUCCCUCUACUUUAGAUGUCUCCGCCCACUCUGUCCCUGGUAGUGAUGGACUCAGCCAAUCAGAGGGCCUGCCUGAGGAUCCAGCACCACAUAGCCCUGACCCUGAUUCCUUUUCUGAUUCCUACACCCACUUGAGCCCCUCCCCUGAUGAGCCGCCAGCCUCACUGCUGUCCACAGAGACCCUGGGAGGGCUGGAGCUCACAGAGGAAGAGGAGAGGCAUGCACAGGAAGAAAUGCUGUAUCCGACAAAUGAGGAGGGGCUAGAACAGGAAGGGGAGGAGUCAGAGCUGUCUCAGCGGGCAGCUGACUUAGGGAAGCAAGCAGACUCUCCUGUGGAUUCAGAGGUGGGACAGGACAGAACUGAGAAGGAGGGAGAGGAGGGAGAGCCAGAGGUGAGGAGGAGGAGGUCUCUCUUGGCAGCUCUGGAACGGAUAGGAAGGAGGGAGGAGGAAGAGGAAGGAGAGGAAGAAUUUCAGCCUCCACAAAGGGAGGAAGACAGUGGGUUUUCUGUGAACAAGUGCAUCCUGGGGGCUGUUAUUCUGUUGGGCCUCGGGACCAUCUUCUUCUCAGGUGUCUUCAUGGACCUGGAUGAGGAGAGUGAUUAUGGUGGAAGGGAGGUCAGAGAUGCAGAAGUGCCUGUAAAACAGGAAUGGUUUAAUACGGAGGUUCCCCCACCCCCAGCAGAUGCUGACAAUACAGAGCUUCUGAAUAAGUUAGCCAAAGGAAACCAGCAGAUUGCCGUGCUGCAAGCACAACUCCAGGCACAAAAAGAUGAGCUAAAAGUAGCCAAGGGACAGGCAGCGGAGGGAGCAAAGGAGCGGCUGCGGAGGGAGGAGUUGGAGAAGGAAAACGGUAGGCUGAAGAAAGAGAUGGCGUCUGUCCCUGUCCUUCAAAAAGAGAACGAGAGGAUGAAGAGAGAGCUGGAGUCUGUCUCGGCCCUUCAGAAAGAACUAGAAACACUGAGAGCCACUGUGACUGAACUAAAACUCCCCACAGCCAAUGAAGCAGCUCCAGAAACUGUGCAUCCUACUGCAGCACCCCCACCUGGCCAGGCAAAGGAUAGCAGGCCGGCCCCAGCUGAAACCACAGCGGCACAGCACAAGAAACCACAGAAGGAAGAGAAAGUGGAAAAGAAGAAAGAGUGGAAGAAGGAGAAAUAUGACAUGGGUGACAAGGAGUGGAAGGAGAGAGUGAAAUCUGAGUGGAAAGGAGACAAAAAGGAGCGCAAAGAGGGAAGUAAAAUGGAACGGAAGGAGAAGGAGUGGAAAAAGGGGGAACAUGAGCAGGUAAAAUAUGACCAGGGGAAAGGCAAGGAAGGUAAGAAAUGGAGGCAAAGUGAAGAUAAAAAAGAAUGGAAGGAGAGAGGAGACUGGAAGAAAGACAAGGCUAGCAGAGGGGAUGAAGGAAAGCCAUGGAAGGAUAGGGAAGGUAAGAAAGAAUUUAAGGAAAAGGGUGAGAGAAAAGAAUGGAAGGAGGACAAAGAUUGGAAAAAAGGAAAGCAUGUGAAAUUGAAUGAUGGAAAACAGUGGAGAGGUAAGGAGGAGAAAAAGGAGUGGAAGGGAAGAAAUGACCAUGGAGAGAGGCACAAAGACAAGGAGCAGUGGAGGGGAGGGAACAACCAUGGAGAGUGGCAUAAAAGCAAGGAGCAUUUGAAGGAAGGGAAAGACCAUGGAGAGUGGCAUAAAGGCAAGGAGGAUUGGAGCGGAAAGAAAGAAUGGAGGAAAGGGAAGGAUGCCUACAAGGAAAGUGACAAUGAACGGAAAGGGAAAUGGGAGAAGAAAGACUGGAAGGAGAAAGGAGAGAAAAAUGAAUGGAAGCGAGACAUUGACCGGAAGAGUAAAAAUGGCAAAGAUCAGGGUAAAGAGUGGAAGGAGAAGGACGAGAGGAAACAGUGGGUAAAGAGAGAGUGGUCCAAAGAUGGAAACUGGAAAGAGGAAAGGAAUGGCGGAGACUGGAAAAAGGAUAGAGGAAACAAGCACAAAGGUGAGCGCAAAUAUAGCCAACAAGAGAAUCACCACAACCACCAUAAAGAGCAUGUGUGGCAGGGCCCGGGAGACAGGAAGCCAUCACAUGUGCAUCACCAACCCUCGCUGGAGGAGCCGGACUAUUGGGUCCACCAGAGGGACAGGCUGCAGCACAACCCGAGACCGACAGACAGCUGUGACUCAGUGGAGAUGUGCGCCCAGGCUGAGGGCUUGCUCCCUGUCCCCUUACCUGAGUUCGAGGCCAUCCUCCAAAGUUACCUGGCCAAGGCAGAGGAGGCAGGAGUGGAGGCUUCAAAGAGCGAAGAGCUCAGUAAGCUCGCCACAGAGUUCUUCAGGAAUGGAGUCUUUGUUCAUGACCAGAUGAGCUUCAGAGAUUUUGUGGAGGAUGUGGGUGACAUUUUGGAAGAUAUGGUAGAGGGAGAUGAGGAUGAGGGAGAUGAGGAUUCUGCCAUAGAGGAAGAAAUGGAGGGGUUUGAAAGAGAGGUCAUGGAUAAAUUUGCAGUGCCAGGGGCUGGAGAAAGGGAAGAGAGAAAGAAAGGGGAGUGGAGGAAGGAGAGUGCAAGAGGACGUGGCUGAUGGGAAUUAAAUAAUGGAUGGAUUUGUCAUCAAAAGAAAGAAUAGGAGACAAGUAAUGAUGGAUGAGUGGGGCUAUUCAUGAGUGGGGACACUUCAUAUUGGACCACACUUGCUUGCAAAUAUAUAUGUAUCAUCCUUUUUAUCUCUUUUAAAAAAGGAUGGCCUAUGUCUUUCUGUUUGUUCUCUCCACAACCUGAUAGAGACACUCAGCUCAAAUUUUUAUUUCACUGUGCUCAUUGUUUUAUAUUUUACCUGCACAGAUACAUGCACGUUUAUAUACAUUGAUACACAAAGCACUGUCAUCAACAUGUAAAUGAUGAUUUCGUGAGAAGUUGAUGGGGAGCAGAGAGAGGAUGAUGAGAGGGUAGAGAGACCAGGGAAGGACAACACAUCCUCAUAGCCUUCAUGGUUUCUCUUCUAAUGUCCAGUCUCAAACUCAGCAACUUUUCAUUCAUGACUGAGUACCUGCAGCUGAUGGUGAAAAUAUUACCGCACAUGACAGACAUUUCUGCAGGCAGGGUUACUCCGUCUCCCUUACAUAUUUACCUAGUGGGAGGUCAAAUGUGUUAGUUUGAGUUGGAUGUUAUUUUGCUUUGAUUCUCUAUUUGAGAAAAGGCACUGUACAGUCUUACUUUUCAUGCUCAAACAGCACUGUGCACUGGAGGAGUCCCCCUUUUCACUGCCAAGACCUGUACCUUUGUCAACUUUCUGUUAUUUAUCCCUAACUCUUAAUUUCAGACAGAUGAUGCUGAAAUUACUAAAGAAUAGUUUUAAUGAAGGGUGGAGUAAUCCUGGGCUACUUUAAAGGGUUAGUGAAUGUGUUGUGUGAAAGUAGAAAGUUCUGCAUUGAUUUCCUUUUGAAUGUUUGUACAUAUUGCACUAAACACAUUUGUUAAACAACUAUGCUGAAUAAAUAUAUAGUUAACUUAUUGAGGUCAGCAUCACAGAUAUAGAAAGGUCUCUUUGGGCACAAAAAUAUUACCUUGUUCGUUAUGCAUCAGACAUUUCAGGUACAGAUGUUUGUGCACUAAAAAGUCUUUAAUUUGUAUUAUAAAUGCAGCAUUUGUUGAUGCAAAUCAUUUUGUUUAUGGUACGUACUUCUUAAAGCAAACAUUUGUCUGUUCCCUGUUUACAUGCUAACUUGAAAAAAGUUGGUGAUUUAAGAGUCUAUAGCCAUUUAGAUAUUUUUCAGGGGGUAUUGAUGCAAAAUCGCAUAAUAUAUGGGCUUCAUGGCAGCAUAGAGAACUUUGUACAUUAGGAUGUUCAUAUUUGACCAUAAGAUUGUGAUAAAAGCAGUAUAAUAAAUUUAGCAUAUCCCUGUAGUUAAAAAUGUUGUAUUUUGUCUUCUUGUCACUCACCUGCAAGCCUUCAACAUUAGCUGGUGUAUACUGUUUAUUAUGUGUUUUACAGACCUGGUGAGAUCUUACGUUAUACUGAAUAUUAAUGAUAAUGGUAUGGCUGUUUGAAGAAUAGUCUUAACAGUUUUUCUGUUGACUUGGAAAUUCAGUGGAAUCUGUAAAGGAAGAUAGGCUAAAAUGCUGACAGUUAAAUAAACCAGGUCCAACUCAUAAAUAAACUUGAUUCUGUCCAGAGUCAAGGAAAAUAAAAUGGUUGCAAGAAUUUAUUAUAUAUUAUAAAUAAUGUGUGAGUGUGCUGCUGCUCCUGUCUGUGUAGUGUGUGUGUUGACAAUUCUCCAGACAAUUUUUCGGCGUAUGACAGUGUUCAGAAGGACAUUGGAGACACCAUUCACUGUCACCACAUGCCUGGCCGGGGAAUCUAUGCAAAUUUAAAGUGGGCUGAGU